GAAGCCUCGACACGGGAGGACACAUCGCGACUGGUUAGCCAGAGUUAGCUUGUAGUGCUAACCUGGUUCCCCUGCGCGAUGGAGCGGCUAUUCUCCAUGCUCACCGACAAACACGCCCUGUUCUCGGUUUCCCUCGCUGUGCGACUCGCUCUGGUCGCCUAUGGAGACCACCAGGACCGGACUAUGGCGGUGAAGUACACGGACAUUGACUACCAUGUGUUCACGGAUGCUGCAAGGUUCAUCACUGAGGGCGAGUCCCCGUACAACAGAUCAACGUACCGCUACACUCCUCUGCUGGCCUGGCUUCUCACCCCCAACAUCUAUCUCAGCAUGGUGUUUGGCAAGAUCCUAUUCGUUGUGUGUGACGUGCUGUCCGGACUGCUCAUCUACAGAAUCCUGCGCCUGCGAGGUCUGACCUCUGAGACUGCAUGUCGCGUUUCUUCUCUGUGGCUCCUCAACCCACUGGCCAUGGGAGUGUCCACCCGAGGGAACGCUGAGUCCAUCCUGGCGGCCUUGGUGCUGGGGACAUUACUCUGUAUGGAAGGCCGACAUCUCAUAUGCGCAGCCGUCUUGUAUGGCCUGUCAGUGCACAUGAAGAUCUACCCCGUUACAUAUGCUCUCAGCAUCGCUCUGACCCUGCGCACACCAGAGAGCCGAGCAGAGGACAAACACAGGUGGAGGAGAAUUAUCAGGUUCAUUGGAAGCUUCCUCAACACUGAGCUGUUCCUCUUUGCAGCUGUGGCUGGAGGAGUUUUCUGUGGACUCACAGCCCUCUUCUAUCACAUGUAUGGCUGGGAGUUCCUUCAUCAGACCUACUUGUACCACCUCACCAGAAGAGACAUCAGACACAACUUCUCUCCAUACUUCUACAUGCUCUACCUCACUGCAGACAGCAGGUGGAGCCAGUGGCUUGGCCUGGCUGCGUUUCUCCCUCAGCUCAUCCUGCUGCUGGCAGCAUCGUGGGCAUUUCGCACCGACCUGGCUUUUUCCUGUUUCCUUCACACAGCCAUCUUCGUCUCCUUCAACAAAGUCUGCACUUCACAGUACUUCCUGUGGUACUUGUGCCUACUUCCUCUGGUCAUCCCUCGCCUGAGUCUGUCUCUGAGACAGGGGGCGGGACUGCUGCUCCUCUGGUUUGCUGGACAGGGUAUCUGGUUGGGGCCGGCCUACUUCCUGGAGUUUGAAGGCUACAACACCUUCCUGUUGAUCUGGCUCGCUGGACUGCUCUUCUUGAUCAUCAACUGUUUCGUCUUGAUUCAGAUCAUAGUCCACUACAAACCAGCACAAACUCCUCAGAGACUAAAGGUUGAAUGAUCUGAAUGUGGAAGGAAUUUUCACUCUGAUCACAGAUUCAAUAUAAGAUUCUAAGGAAUUUCCACAUUUCAGUGGUUUUACCUGGAGUUGAUGGACUAAAGUUUGUUCAAUCUCCCCAGUGUUUUACUGGUUAUUACUUUGUCAUUAUUCCUGGUACGGACCAGUCAUAUGUCGUACCACUUUUGGGCGAAUGUCCAAGGUAUUUCCAGUCAUUCUGAGUUAAAAGCACACUGAUUAAAUGCUUGUGGUUGCAGGUCAAAACCCUUGAAUCCUCAGCGACUCACACUGGACAGAAAACUCCUUUGACAGCGUUCAAGUCUCUUCCACCUGUGACCGUACAUCAUUACAAUCAGAGGUUUUCCAUUUGCUGAAGGGGGCAAAAUACCUGAUGUAGAUCAGAGAAUCACAUAAAGUUCCUUCAGUCUGAACAACCAUGAACCAGGCAAGUUUUCUCAGUUUAGAGAAAAUACUUUAAAAUAUUGAUGCUCACUGCUUCACCAGAACAAACAAGUUAAAUUCAACCAUUACUGAUACAAAGAUAAAAGAGUUGCUCUGCGGUGUGAUCGGAGACACUGACCCUCAGGGUAAAAUAAUGCACUUUUAAUAUAAUGUCAAAUUUGAAUGUUUACCUCUGUUACAAAGUUAUGCUUACAUCCUGUUUGUCUGUUGGCAGGAUUAUGCAAAAUAAUACAAUUCCAUUAUAUUGAAUUAAAAGUUAGUGAAAGGGAGAGGUAUAGGACAAGGUAGAACCCAUGCACUUUUGGAACUGAUUUGACUAAGGGAACGGAUCCAGGAUUAUUUUUCUCUGCUACAUUUAAUAUAAUGAGAUAGGACUUCCUUUUAUUGACAUUUCUGUGAAAUGUCUUUAUGAAAAAAUGGACAAUCUGGCGUGUAAAGAAUGAAACUAUUUAGGAUAUAAGUAUUUUUAGAGGGGUGAUCUUUCUUCAGUUACUGUAUGAUAACAAAUAUUCCUUUCAACUGUAUCAAAGAAUGGACAUCUUGCUUGGGUUUCACGUUAGUACUGUAUUUUAUAGUGAACAUGGUAUAUAUAUCUGAUCUCAAUACAUGUAAAUGCAACAUUGUGAAAGAGUGGCCUUCUAGUUUAUGUGAGUAUACAGGAAUAUAAACUCUUUAAACAGAAACAUUUGCAUUCUUUAAAAGGCUCAUAAGCUCAUUGUUAAAAACUUAACCAAUGUGUUAAACAGACAAAUAAUCAAUAUUAAAAGCAAUAGGCUGUAAUGAGAUAGUUGGAUUAAAAUAUGUUUUAUUUUUUUGUGUAUAUU